AUGGCCACGAUGCAAACAUAUAGCAUACGUCCAGGUCGACGCGCCGACUUGCCUCACGCAGUCGAUGUCUUCCUUUCGGCUUUUCGCAAGGACAAUCUUUUCGACAUUCUCUUCCCGAACCGCCACACGCACCCCCACGUCAUUCGGGCCCAGGUGUCUCGGCUCUAUGCGUCUCGUUACUGGUCGCUCAACUAUGAUCUGCGCGUGAUCGCAGGCAACGACGAUGGCCAGAUUGUGGGGCUCACCUGGUGGAAGAGGCCAAAGGCGGCCAUGUCAUUUUGGGAGCGUUGGGUGUCACCUUAUGCGUGGAUUGCCCCUUUGAUCUCGACUUGGUUCUCUAUCAGAGACUGGUUGUUUCCCAUCAAGGACCUGGAUAAGUAUGCGGCUGAAACCUUUGUUCGCGCCUUUGCAACGGUUGAGCCUGCUCUAAUCAACACCCCACGGCGCGAGAAAGCGUGGUAUCUCUCAACGCUGGCCGUUGACCCGACUGUGCAAAGCAAGGGAUUGGGCACCAUGCUACUAAGAGACGGGCUCGAGAGGGUAGAUCAGGAGGGAACAGCAGCGUGGUUGGUUGCUCUGGAGACUGUAGAGGAGUACUACAAGAAGCAUGGCUUCCGAGAGGUCGGCAGGGCGAAUGUCGGCGAGUUGCAGGACUGGACCGGUGGCGCCAUCAUGUUCAGGAACGAUGAAUGA